GCCUCUCGUGUAAGUUUAGGAUAAAUGAAGAGUUUUUCAUGAGUUGAGGAAAUUCUUCUUUUCAGUCUGCUCUUCUCUGAUUGGUUGGGUGUUUCCAUGGAGAUGACGGGACACUUGGACGGACGGGACCCAGGGGAGCUUCAGCGGGACUGAAAGUCACACAGCUUUAUGAUGGAGAGCAGAGCAGUCGUCCUCAGGGACACUUAGACAUUCCUCUGUGUCCUCUGGUCUUUAUGAAACAGUUUUAUGAACUUGGACACCUGAUGUGAUCUUAAACGUGAAGUUUCUGUCCCUCUUAUGUCUCCUCUGUGAGUGGACCGGACUUUCUCUCUUUGCCUCUGAGCCUGGAUGUUGGAGAUGGAGGCGGAGAGCUGUUUACUCAGGCUGUUCGUCCUGCUCUGCUUCAUGGUUCUCCACAGCUCGGCCAUCGAUACCGUGAACGUGGUCGACUUCUGUGGUCAGACGAUCCGCGGUGAUGGUAUGAUUGUCAACUCACAUCAAGAAUCCAAGAAGUAUUACUUUGUGACCAUAUCAACCGACUGCCACCUCACCAUGCAGGCCAGCUCCCCCAAAGACAAGGUCCAGUUCCACUUCCGCUUCUUCCUGGUCUACAGUUUACUGCGAGUGGCGCCUCUAAGCCCCGCCCCUGUCUUCCCAGAGUCUCCUCGUGCCUCCGCCCCUUUGAACCCCAGACUGGAACCUACGUCUGGUGAGAGCACGGGGGACCCGUGUCAUGCUGGCUCAUAUGUCCAGUUCUAUGAUGGACGGGACAAGAACUCUCCUCCCCUCGGGCCUCCCCUCUGCGGGAAGAGCCCACCACGUCCUGUUCUAUCCACAGGAAACUACCUGACCCUAAGGCUGGUGACCCGAGGGACGCAGCCCAGAGUGGACUUUGUAGGGGACUUCACCUCCUUCAGACUGGGUUUCAACCAAUCAGAUUGCCGCAGUGAGCCUUACUUCACCUGCAGGAAUGGGAAGUGUAUCCCUCUUGGUCUGGUGUGUGAUGAAAAUGGCAUCGACAACUGUGGGGAUGGAAGUGACCUGGAGGAGAAUCUGACUACAGGUUGUAAAGAGGGUCAGCUUCUACCUCCUGAACCUCCUACCGAGAUUGAAACCCAACCCCCACCUGUUGUGACUCCACCCACAGUGCCAAUUGCUUCACAUAUGAACUGUGGCAUGCUAGACAGCACACCCAGUCAUGAGUCAGUAGCAGACUCCCCGGCCUCCCUGCCCCUGCUGGUCCUCUACAUCCUCCUGGGCGUGGUGGCAGGCGGCGUGGUGACCUGCUGGUGCUGCUGGUCGCCCGGCUGGUUCCUUUGGCGCAUCAGUAUCUGUCGAUUCCUACCCUGCUGCAACGUUCCCUGCUCGUCCUGCCAGCUCUGCGCUCAAAGCUGCCUGCACGGCAAGGAGCACCGAUUGGCUAAAGUCACACCACACACACCGGUCAACGGGACCUCGGCAGGGGUGGCUGCAAACGGCAACAGUGCAGAGGAAAAUGUUACUGUGGCCACUGUUUAGAGGGACGCCAAGACGUGAGUUUGUCAUGCUGAUAUUGAUCAGAGAUGAACAUGACCAGACAACGAAACAAAGACUCUUCUUCAGUUGUGGUCAAACUAUUUUUCUGUGCUUUAAACAUUCUGCAUGAGAGAGACUGCUGUUUGUUUGUCAUAUAAAGGUGAAGCAGGGUACAGUG